UGAAACAGGAUCACGCCGUCUGGUUUAGCGCAUGCGUAGCGUCAUUUUGAACGCCCAUGGUCACCAUGCCUCCCAGAGUGGUUUGUGCCUCCGGGCGCAUGCGCAGUCGGUAUGCCUGAAGUCAGGCUGGGAUACUCCCGCGUCACAGAGGCUGACGCUCUCAGCGCGGAGGGACAACGUCACGGGCACCGAGUCUCCGCCGGUAUCCCAAGAGGGAGUGCGCUUUUUAUUGGGCAGUACUGGCAAGAGUUAAGGGAGGCGGCAGGGGAAGGUGCAGUCAACCUGAGGGCAGCAUUAACAUCAAUGCCAGCUUUUAUGUGCAGCUCAUGAAACCACAGUGAGCUACAAUGGGAUACUGUACAGACUACAGGACAUAUACUCACCUAUAAGCACCUGGACUGGGUGGUGCCGGCAGUCAUGACCACUUCUCAUGUGAACGGACAUGUAACAGAAGACUCUGACAGUGACAAACAGAGCUCGGAUCUUGCUUCUCAAGAGGAGCCACCCAAACAUAGGGAAAUGGCCGUCGAUUGUCCUGGGGACUUGGGUACGCGGGCGAUGCCCAUCCGGCGGAGUGCCCAGCUGGAACGGAUCCGGCAGCAGCAGGAGGAUAUGAGGCGUAGGCGGGAGGAAGAAGGGAAGAAACAGGAUCUGGAUGUUAAUUCAUCUAUGAGGCUUAAAAAGUUGGCACAGAUUUUCCCCAAAACUGGAAUUGACAACCCUAUAUUUGAUACUGAUGAAAGUCUAGUGUUGGAAAGUCCUAGCAGGGCUGUGAAAGUACUGGAGAUUGAGGAUUUGAUAUCUUCUCUGAAGGAUAUCCAGCACACCUUGGUAGAUUCUCAGAGCCAAGAAGACAUCAGCGUACUUCUCCAACUGGCACAAAAUGUGGACUUCCAGAAUGCAUUCAAGAUCCACAACGCUGUGGCCGUGCACAUGAACAAAACCAGCCCCCCGUACCCACUUGUUCCUAAUGCACAAGAUCUAACCCAAGAGGUACAGCAAGUGCUAAAGUCCAGCCAUCAGAAGGAAGGCCAGGAGCUCAGUGCCUUACUGAACACUCCUCACAUUCAGGCCCUUCUCCUGGCCCAUGACAAGGUUGCCGAGCAGGAAAUGAUGCCUGAGCCGGCAUCAGAUGAUUACUUUUACGAGAACAUUGGACUGUAUGGAGACGAAACAGUAAAAAUUGUCAGAAUAGAAAAAGCCAGAGAUAUCCCAUUGGGGGCCACUGUGCGGAAUGAUGGGGAUUCGGUCAUUAUCAGCCGGAUAGUGAAAGGUGGGGCAGCAGAAAAGAGUGGCUUGUUACAUGAAGGGGAUGAAAUCCUUCAAAUAAAUGGCAUGGAGAUCCGAGGGAAAGAUGUCAACGAGGUGUUUGAACUACUGGCUGAUAUGCAUGGCAACUUGUCAUUUUUGCUAAUUCCUGGCCAACAGUCCAAGCCACCGCCCAGCAAGGAAACUGUGGUCCAUGUAAAAGCUCACUUUGACUAUGACCCAUCUGACGACCCUUACGUGCCCUGCAGAGAGCUAGGCUUAUCCUUCCAGAAAGGAGACAUCCUCCAUGUCAUUAGUCAGGAGGACCCCAACUGGUGGCAGGCUUAUCGGGAUGGAGAUGAAGACAACCAGCCUUUGGCAGGACUUGUACCUGGAAAGAGCUUCCAGCAGCAGAGAGAAGCUAUGAAGCAAACUAUAGAAGAAGACAAAGAACCAGAAAAAUCUGGAAAAUUGUGGUGUGCAAAGAAAAAUAAGAAGAAAAGGAAAAAGGUGCUAUACAAUGCCAAUAAAAAUGAUGAUUACGAUAAUGAAGAAAUCCUGACUUACGAGGAAAUGUCCCUUUAUCAUCAGCCAGCAAACCGAAAACGGCCAAUCAUUCUCAUUGGGCCCCAGAGCUGUGGGCAGAAUGAGCUACGGCAAAGACUUAUGACAAACGAACCAGAAAGAUUUGCGGCUGCAGUGCCUCAUACCACCCGGAGCAGACGGGAGAAUGAACUCGCAGGGCGGGACUAUCACUUCGUGUCACGACAGACUUUUGAUGCAGAUAUUUCCGCUGGGAAGUUCAUUGAGUUCGGGGAGUUUGAGAAAAAUCUCUAUGGCACCAGCAUAGAUUCUGUACGGCAAGUUAUCAACUCCAGCAAAAUCUGCCUAUUAUGUCUGCAUACACAGUCGCUAAAAAUGCUUCGUAAUUCUGACUUAAAACCAUAUAUUAUAUUCAUUGCACCACCAUCUCAAGAAAGGCUGAGGGCAUUACUGGCCAAGGAAGGCAGAAAUCCAAAGCCAGAAGAGCUGAGAGAGAUCAUUGAGAAAGCCAGAGAAAUGGAGCAGAACAACGGGCAUUUCUUUGAUACGGCGAUUGUAAAUACGGAUUUGGACAAGGCUUAUCAGGAACUUCUUCGGCUAAUCAAUAAACUGGACACGGAACCUCAGUGGGUCCCUUCCUCAUGGCUGCGGUGAAUAGAAAGCAUGCUAGCCAUUUGUAGGCAAUCACAGGGGCGCAGUGCACAGUGUGGUACUGAGAGCCCCAUUGGUCUUCUCCAGUGGAAACCAGUGCUGGCUGGCACACACAGAUGGUGCCACUCCAUGUAUCCCAUAGUACCCCAGCCAAUGGCACUAUCCAAAGCCUAGUGAGAAGGACCUUCACUGAACCAGUGAGACUUGUUUCUACUUGAUGAUGAUUGUUUUAGAAGCUCUUUAUAAGAUAAACACCAAUCAAAUUUAAUUUAGUUUGUCAACAUAAGCUGAAAAUGCUACAACUGAACUGCAGUCUGCAGCGGUGUCCAUAGUCUGUGAUACCUUCGGAGUAGCGCUUUUACAGCGCCCUCUGCUGGCGGGAGGACUCCUGCAGAGAAAAAGUGCAUUCCAUGGGAAACAAGCAGCUGUGGGUUUAUACACACAAAGCACAUGUAACUACCUGACGGCGCACACUGGAUUAUUUUUGUUGUUGUUCUUGUUACACACACUCUUAUUUUAUAAGCCAAGUGCUUGUUGUUACCCACCAGCUUCCAGUGUAACCAUAGAACAAAUCUCUGUGUAAUCAAUCACGUGUGCACAGGCGUGUGUCCUCCAUGGCACCGGAAUCCUAUACUGUAUAUAAGAAACAAGCACAUAUCUCUAUAGCUCAAUGCACUGUCACUUGGACUGCAAGGCCCGGAUCGUCCCGUGCACAGAACAAUCCCAUGUACAGAACUGUAACUGGAUCCAGAGAGCAAAUCCUGGCACAUUCAAGCUCUGCCGCCAUUUGUAAUUGGUUGCAUUGUUUUCUGCUCAUGAAUCUGGGACUGAAACAUUCCAUUUUCUAGCAAUGGCACUUGAUACCAGCGACUCCUGUAUGACACAAUGACAAGAAUGUAAGCUUUCUGCAUAUUUUUAUUGUUUUUAAUCGGUUAAUUUUAGGGAUCCCCGUGCUGAAGUUACAUAGCAACAUGUAGCUCUCGCUUCCAACCAGGAGGUAUGAAUUGGUUUUAGAACAUCUCCCAGAAUAACUAACAAACAGCCAACUCUGUAGCUGGAGGUGCUGGGGUUGGACACCCCUGAAACCCAUUGUCAUGUGAUGCUACUGAUUAUUCAGAAUCCCUGAAUAUAUAUCUGGCAUGGUAAGCUAGCAACCUAUCUCAGUCAUAUCUAUCUUAUACUUGAUUGGUUGGGUGCUGUUUUGACCUGAUUUAAA